AUGCUAUCCCACAUUGAAAACGAAGCCCUCACUCGAACCGACCGCGGAACGCCUAUGGGCGAAGUUAUGCGGUGUUACUGGAUGCCGGCCCUGCUUUCGUCGGAGCUUCCGGAACCGGACUGCCCGCCAAUUAGAGUGCGAUUGCUGGGCGAGGAACUGGUGGCAUUUCGUGACACCCAGGGCCGAGUUGGACUGCUAGACGAGUUCUGCCCCCAUCGGAUGGCAUCUCUGUUCCUGGGGCGAAACGAGGAGUGCGGCUUGCGCUGUGUCUAUCACGGCUGGAAGUUCGACGUGGACGGCAACUGCCUGGACAUGAUGAAUGAACCGCCCGACAGCGACUACCACACCAAGGUGGGCAUCAAGGCCUAUCCCACCCUGGAAAGGGGCGGUGCCGUUUGGGCAUACAUGGGCGAACCGGGCAGCCAGCCUCCGCCACCGCCCAACUUUGAGUGGGCCACGGUCCCCGAAACCCACCGCCACAUCUCCAAGAAUUGGCAAAAGUGCAACUGGCUCCAGUCCCUGGAGGGGGGAAUAGAUACCGCUCACGCGCCAAUCCUGCACCGGACCAUUACCACCGAUACGGAUAAGGCAGGUAUUGGUAUCAACACUGAUUUUGUUACCGGGGGAGCUCCCACCCUGGAAGUGGACGUAACCGAUUACGGUUACCAGUACGUCGGCAUUCGAGACCUGGGCGAACGGGGCGACUUUGUCCGGACCUACCAGUACAUUAUGCCCUUCCACCAGAUGCGGCCUCGGCAGUCGGGCUACAAGGGUCAGGCCGCCAAGCAGGUGAUCGCCGGGCACAUGUGGGUGCCCAUGGACGACUCUAACUGUAUGAUUUACAACUGGGUUUACAGCUUCGGCCCCGAACCCAUUACCGAAGAGGAAUGGGGCGAGAUUGAGCGGGGCUACGGCCGAGGGCCGGACGAUAUGCUUCCCAACUUCCGGGGCAAGGGCAACCGGGAAAACGACUGGCUCAUUGACCGCCAAGUCCAAAAGUACGAGACCUUUACCGGGAUCAACGGCAUCAACGCCCAGGACGUGGCAGUGCAAGAGAGCAUGGGCGCAAUCGUUGACCGUACCCGUGAAAACCUGACCCGCAGCGACAUGGCCAUCAUACAGGCCCGCCGCCUGCUGCUCCAGGCCGCCCAGACGGUGGCCGACGGUGGCCUUCCGCCGGGCGUGGCCCCCACAUACUACAACGCCCGGGCCAUUGAGGGCGUCCUGCCCAAGGGAGCCGACUGGCGGGCGGAGAUGUUGGAAUUGAUGCACCCCACGAGCUAA